AUGGAAACAUCAGUAAUAAAUGAAAGAUUGCUACUUGAUUUUUUAUUGAGUGAUGAUGAAAAUAAUAACCAGGAACCUGAGCCAUCAUAUUCGUAUGAUUUAUCUUUAAAAGCUUCAUCCCUGAUAGUAACCGAAGUAACAUCAACGCAGAAAUCACAAUCUUGUAGUGAAACUGAGGAACCUAAUGUUGUUACUUUCAUCCCCGAUCAUGAAGAUAAUUUGCAUGAUAAAAGUAAUACAAUAGAAGAAGAAGAUUUUUUGGAUGGGUUAGAAGACAUGAUUGGCGGCAGUUUUACUUUGACAAACAAACCCAACAAGGUUAACGACAAUCCGAAGAAAAAAAAUAAAAAGAUUAAUAAUGGUUCUAAAACAGAUGAUACUGAUUCAGGGACUAUAACUGAAAACGAUCAUAUUACUGUAAAAGUAGAACCGUUCGACUCUGAUGAAUCCAUAAAAAACAACAACGAGAAGAAGAAGAAGAAGGAGGAGAAGAAGAAGAAGAAGAGGAAGGAGGAGAGAAAGAAGAGGAAGGAAGAGAGAAAGAAGGAGGAGGAGGAGGAGAAGGAGAAGAAGAAGAAGGAGGAGAAGGAGGAGAAGGAGAGGAGGAAGAAGGAGAAGGAGAAGAAGGAGAAGAAGGAGAAGGAGAAGGAGGAGAGGGAGAAGGAGAAAGAGAAGAGGAAGAAGAAAAAGAAGAAGGAAAAACACACAAAAAAUAAACCUCAAAAAGAAAAUAAGGAUACAAGCACUAAAGACAUAGAGACUGAAGUCAGCACAGAUGUGAUUACAAUUAGUGCACAAAACUUAGGGGCUAUAGAGGAUACAAUUUGUGAUUUAGAUGAAAAAGUUGGGAAUUUUAAUAAUGGUAAGGAAAUUAAUGCUAACAUACCUGACGGCAAGAAUGCGGAUGGUAAAGGGUCUUGUUCUCCUAGACAAGGAAAAAGUGAUAAAGAUCAUUAUAAUGUUUUAAAUGAAACAAUAAGACAAAGGAAGAGGAGGGAAAAAAAAACAAAGAAUAAAGUUAGUACCAAAUCUACCAUUGAAAAAGGUUUGCAAGCUCCUGAUGGAAUAAGGGAAAAAGACAAAGAUAAUGCCGAAAACAAAACGUUCAAAUUUAAAAAGUAUCAAUCCAAACCAUCAAAAACUGCUGAUAAAGUUACUAGACUUUCUGAAGAUUACAAUAGCGAUGUUGAUAACAAGGAAGAGGUCUCUGAGAGGCCAAACAACAAAAGAUUUAAAAAAAAUAAAAACUUAAAAAGUAAAAGAAAUAAGAGACUUUUAAGGAAAGACAAAGAAAUUAAUGAUGGUGAUAUUAAUCACAAAAUCCUCAAAUCUAUAAUAGAAAAAGAAGGCAACCAAUCUACUACAGAACAGAACAUAAUUUUAGAUAAAGAGCUUAAAAAAGUUAAUCUUUCUGAAAACGACUCUGACAAAAGCAAACCUGAUAAAAAUAAGACUGUCAAAAAUAAGACUGUCAAAAAUAAGACUAUCAAAAAUAGGACUACCAAAAAAAAAGGACUGUCAAAAAUAAGUAAAAUUGGAAGAGAAAAAGAGCACAGUAUUGUAUAA